AUGGUCCUUCUACUUCCCGUUGCUCCGGAUUCUACACCAAGAUGCGGCUUGCCUGUGGGUCAAACGGGAACGACGGACUCUUUUAUGGCACGCUUGAAUGGAUACUCCGUACAUCCUUCCUAUUGCAGUCGUCUUCAUCCAUCCAACCAAUUUCCGACGCCACCAAGCUCACCCCUCACAAAUGCUCUUGUCGAACGAGAUGAACCUCCGCCGUCGUUAUUAGUACCUCCAGUUCCAGCGUUAUACCCGUCAUUGGUGAGAUCUCUUUUAGAGCUCCUUCCCGCGAGCGCUUCAAGUUGUAUGACUUGCCCACUCCUCUGA